AUGACUGUGAUCAAAGAGUAUGAAGAGACCGGGAGUUUGAAAGAUUCCACCCAGCGUUUAAUGGUGAACAUCAUUAUGGCUCACAUGCGCGAAAAGGAAGGGAGAGGUGUACUUAAGGCAACAAAGGAGUUUCAUGGCCUUGGGAUUGUGUCGCUCUUCCCAUCUUUGAAGGACCCAUACUCAAAAAAGGGAUAUAUUUUGCAGGACUUCUUGUUGAUGUUUGGUCCAGAGACUGCUUCCAGAUUCCUGGGAAAAUGGGACACCGGAUUUAAAGACAAGGUCAUCCGAGAGGCCAGGACCCUCAGAGAGACGUCUCUCCUGAAAAAACUGCUGACAUCUGCCCUGAAUGAAGAAUCUGACAACGGAAGGAAGCGGCCCAAGAAGAUCAGUGUCGGAGAGGCAACAGAUCAUCUGGUGAAAUUUCAAAAGUCCUGCCAGAGCCUUGAGGAUCACCUCAUGACCACUGAAGGAAACCCCCAGCCAUAUCUUCUGGCCUCAGGGACUUCAAAAGCACAGGUUUCCACCUUCUACAUAGUCUUGGAUAGAAAACUUCUUCCAUGUCAGCCAUGUACAUCCUUGGGUGCAUUUGAUGAGCUGUUCAAGUCCCACUUUGUGUUCAGUGUGAAAUAUGACGAUGCUCUGUCCAGUCUGUACACAUUUUUGCAGACCACGCUGUACAACAUUGAUAUAGGCACAACAGAAGAAACUCCAAAAGUCAAAGAGCUGCGAGCAAAGCUGUUGAACAAGCAGUAA